CGUCAGGACGGUGCUGUGGUCGGACUGUGCAACAUGAUCAAGUCUCUGAGUUUGUCGUCGGAGGGCUCGCUGCCGCCGCCGCUGGAGGACGAUGUGGACUCGGUGUGUUCGGACGAGCUGCUCGGCUCUCAGUCCCGCCGCUGGCUGGCGGACUGCAUGACCGAGGACAUGCCUCCGGAGAGCGGGGACUUCUACACGGUGGGCCGGGACGGGCUGUUCGUGGACUACCACUUCCCGCUGGGGGAGCUGGAGAUGCAGUCUGGGGUCCGCUGGAAGAGACCAAAGGAACUCUGUCCGUCGCCUGAGUUCAUCGUGAACGGAGCGACUCGCCUGGACGUCCGUCAGGGAAAACUCAACGACUGCUGGCUGCUCUCCGCCAUCGCUUCCCUCUCGGUGCAUCGAUCCCUGCUGGAGAAAGUCGUGCCUCUGGAGGAGAACUUCCAGGACGGAUACAACGGCAGCUUCACCUUCAGGUUCUGGCAGUACGGUCAGUGGGAGGACGUGAGGAUCGACGACCUGCUGCCCACUCAGGACAACGAGCUGAUCUACCUCAACUCGCCAGAAAAACACGAGUUCUGGAGCUCGCUGCUGGAGAAAGCCUACGCCAAGCUGAAAGGCGGCUACAGGGCUCUGGACAUGGGCUUCCCUCACGAGGCCAUGGUGGACAUGACGGGGGGAGUGACGGAGGUUCUGAAGGUGGCGUCGCUGCCCAGAGAGCUGCCGGCGUUCCUCAGACACCUGCUGGCCAAAGGGGCUCUGAUCAACUGCGCCGACUGCCAGGGUCCUCUGGAGCAGCAGAGCGAGCUGGGGAUCAUGUACAGACACGCUUACUCUCUGACUGCCGUCGAGAAGGUACAAACGGCUCACGGCACCGUAGAUCUGGUGCGAAUCCUGAAUCCUUGGGGCAACACGGAGUGGCAGGGGCCCUGGAGCGACCUCAAAGGGCCGGAGUGGAACACGGUGAGCGUGGAGGAGCAGCGGCGACUGGGCCGAGUGAGGCGGGAGGACGGGGAGUUCUGGAUGUCGGUGUCAGACUUCCGACAGCACUUUGAGAUUAUGGAGGUUUGCCACCUGACCGAGAGUCUGAGCGAGUCGGGCUCCAGCGUGUCGCCGUGGUUCUGCAUCAUGCAUCACGGCACCUGGGUGCCGAACGUCUCGGCCGGAGGUCCUGCUCAGAGCGGUUGGUUUUCGAAGAACCCCCAGUUCUACUUUGUUCUGUCGGAGGUCGACAGCAACUCAGGGAACUCGAAGAAGACCUGCUCCUUCGUUCUGGCUCUGAUGCAGAAACACCACAGACGCCGAGGCAUCAACCUGUCCGCCGCCCUGCACGUUUACCCGGCCCAUCCUAAAGACACGUACCUGUCGCCUGACGACCUGAGAGCCCGCCCCCCCAUCCUCUGCAGCCCCCAGUACUCGUCCCGUCGGGAGGUCGUCCUUCGCGGCUCGCUGCCGCCCGGCCGCUACAUCAUCAUCCCGUCCACGGCAGAGCCCAACCAGCAGGGGGACUUCCUCCUCCGGGUGCUGACCGAGCAGGGCAACGCCGCCACGCCAGCUCAGAAACCAGCUCCACAAGAAAUAUCUUCAGCAUCAGAGACGUCGUUUCCUCACCAGGCUGCUCUUCCUUCACCUAAAUCCACCAGACAGCUGUUCAAGAAGCACUGCAACAAGAAGGGAUUAUGCAAACCGGUGCAUCUCCACAGCCUCCUGACUGAGGCCAUACAGGGAGGAGUGCUUGCCGGCAGCGAGAAGUAUUUGGUGUUGGAGCACUGCAAGAGCCUGGUGGUCCUCAUGGAUAGUCAGGGCAUCGCUCAGCUGAACUGGGACGAGUUCCUGAGUCUGUGGGACAAGAUCCGGAAGUGGACGGAUAUUUUCUUGGUUUAUGACAAGAACAAGACGCAGCGUCUGGAGUAUCAGGAGGUGGCUCCGGCUCUGAAGGCAGCAGGUAUCAUGGUGGACGAUCUGGUGAUGCAGCUGGUCGGACUCCGGUACACGGAGCCCGAUAUGACCGUCAGCUAUCCCGGCUUCUUGUACCUGCUCAUGAAGCUGGAGAGCAUGAUCCACAAAUUUCAAGCGUUCGACAUGGUGGGGAUGGGAACCGUCACCAUCAGCUACAGACAGUGGCUCCACAUGACCAUGUACAACUGACCCGCACAGACUCACCAGGAUCCACUCGCUCUGCCGCUUCUAUUCUCGUGAUUUUAAGUUUUAUUUUUUUGUUGUUGUUGAAUGUGUUAAUGUGCAGCAUUAGCAUCAGAAAAACGUCUUCUUCUGCUGUUUGUUUUUCCUCUCGCGUGGCCUCCGGCAGUCAAACAGUAACGACGGAAACAUCGGAGGCUAAAGGUGAAAGAAGUGAAGUUUAUGAUUCACUGAGACGCUGGAACUUUGGUUGUUUCUUCUCUCAAUUGUGAAAUUAUUCGUCUAAUGUCUAAAUCAGAGACCCGAGGCCUCCGUCCUGCAGCCUGACGUGAGAACGAGCAGAAAAAUAACCACGACAACACUCAGCUCCUACUCAUCCCAGCUCCUCUGGUGGAAUUUAAACCAAGAAAUAUAAUAAUAUUUGUUUUCUUUUUUAAAUCUUUCAUGUAACCUGCUUCUGUUUCCACAUCCACACCUUCUUACAAACUGAUUUAUUUGACAUUUCAUUUUACCUCCAUGAUGCAUUUCUUUGUUAACAGUAAACGAUCCAUUUAUAGUUCUGGAUACAUGUUUGUAAAAGAUGUAUAUAACAUGAUGUGUGAAUCAAGAAUAUAGAAAACAACA